AUGGUCCGUUUCGCAAACAAACUCGCGCCCGUAGGUGGGCUGCUGGCGCUCUUCGGUUCCCCAACUGUGGCCCAAGAUACCGGUAAUGUUGUCGUGGACGGCACCACUUUCGCCCUGAAUGGCGACAGCGUUUCAUAUCGUUUCCACGUAGACAACAGCACUGGCGACUUGUUGUCUGAUCACUUCGGAGGAACAGUGACCGGAAACAUCCCCACUGAAAUUGUUGCCAAUGUUCAUGGCUGGGUCGGUAAGCCAGGCCGAGUCCGUCGUGAAUUCCCCGAUCAAGGCCGUGGAGACUUUCGUACUCCCGCAAUUCGCAUUCGGCAAACUGAGGGUUAUACCGUGUCGGAUUUGCAGUAUCAAUCACAUAGUGUGAUUCAAGGCAAGCCGAGAUUGCCUGGUCUACCGGCAACGUUCGGUACCGCCGAGGAUGUGAGCACCUUGGUUGUACAUCUGUAUGAUAACUACAGCUCCGUGGCUGCGGACCUGUCCUAUUCGAUUUUCCCUAAAUAUGAUGCCAUUGUGCGAAGUGUCAAUGUCACCAACAAGGGCACGGGCAACAUCACUAUCGAGGCACUUGCGAGUAUGAGCGUGGACUUUCCCCGCGAAGACCUUGAUAUGAUCACAUUGAGUGGGGACUGGGCGAGAGAGGCGCAUCGCCAGAGAAGAAAGGUUCAGUACGGUAUACAGGGUGUUGGGAGCUCUGCGGGUUACUCUUCGCAUAUUCACAACCCCUUCCUGGCAUUGGUGGACCUGGCCACCACGGAAUCCAGUGGUGAGGCAUGGGGCUUCUCGCUCGUCUACACUGGAUCCUUCUCUGUCGAUGUCGAAAAGAGCUCUCAGAGCUUCACUCGUGCCCUUCUUGGAAUGAACCCCAAUCAGCUUUCAUGGUCGCUCGGACCUGGAGAGUCACUCACCUCCCCCGAGUGCGUGUCCGUGUAUUCCAAUAAUGGAAUCGGUGGCAUGUCACGCUUGUUCCACCGUCUAUAUCGCAACCAUCUCAUCAAGAGCAAGUUUGCGACAUCGGACCGCCCACCCCUCCUCAAUAGCUGGGAAGGUCUUGGCUACGACUACAACGCGAGCACCAUCGUCGACCUGGCCAAGGAAUCGGCAGGCUUGGGAAUUAAACUUUUCGUUUUGGAUGACGGCUGGUUUGGAAACAAAUACCCGCGCGAUAGUGACACUGCUGGGCUCGGCGACUGGACGCCCAAUCCCGCAAAAUUCCCCAGUGGUCUCACAGCUCCUGUGAACCAAAUCACCAGUCUCCGAGCUGCCAAAACAUCCACCAAUCUGCGUUUCGGGAUCUGGGUCGAGCCCGAAAUGGUCAACCCAAACUCUAGCUUGUACCGUAAACAUCCAGACUGGGCUUUGCAUGCAGGAUCCUACCCUCGCACCGAGCGGCGAAACCAGCUUGUGCUGAACGUAGCCCUGCCAGAGGUUCAGAACUUCAUUAUCAAUUUCAUGACGAAACUCAUCAACGGUGCCAACAUCACCUAUAUCAAGUGGGACAACAACCGAGGCAUUGACGAGACACCCUCUCCAUCCAUAGACCAUAAGUACAUGCUUGGAAUGUAUCACGUCUUCGAGACACUGACCACCCGCUUCCCCAAUGUACUCUGGGAAGGAUGUGCCUCCGGUGGCGGUCGCUUCGACGCGGGUGUGUUGCAAUACUUCCCUCAAAUCUGGACAUCCGACGACACCGAUGCCAUGGAACGCAUCACCAUCCAGCUUGGAACAUCCCUCGUAUACCCGCCUAGCGCCAUGGGUGCUCAUCUCUCCGCAGUUCCCAACCAGCAAACUGGCCGCACGUUGCCGGUUUCCUUCCGCGGACACGUCGCCAUGAUGGGCGGUUCAUUUGGUCUGGAACUCGACCCAGCCAAUAUACCCGAAGAAGACAAGGCAGCCUUGCCAGGCCUCAUCGAACUUGCUGAAAAAGUUAGCCCGCUCAUUCUCAAGGGUGACAUGUACCGUCUCAGUCUGCCGGAGGACUCAAAUUGGCCUGCUGUUUUGUUCAUCUCUGAAGAUGGGUCGCAGGCGGUGCUGUUCUAUUUCCAGAUUUCUCCUCGCAUUAAUAACGCCAUUCCUCGAAUCAGAAUGGAGGGUUUGGAUGCGGCGGCUAUGUAUAAUGUUGAAGGAAAGGGUGUUUACUCUGGUGCGACCUUGAUGAAUAUGGGGCUGCAAUUCCCCUUCGACACGGAUGUUGGAAGUGUGGUGGUAUUCUUGGACAAACAGUGA